UGCUCAUAUAGAAAUCAGAAAGCAAAUCUGGAAUCCCAUCAACAAUGGCAGAAGUGGCAAAGAAGUAUGCAGUUGUUACAGGUUCAAAUCAAGGGAUUGGAUUUGGAACAGUUAGAAAGUUGGCUUCAAAUGGAAUCAUGGUGGUCAUUGCUUCCCUUGCAGAUUUUGUCAAAACCCAAUUUGGGAAACUAGAUAUCUUGGUAAAUAAUGCAGGGGUUAGUGGAACCAUUGUAGACCCUGAAUCUAUGAGAGCUGCUGCAGCUGCAGGUAUUGAUAAGGAUGGUGUAGGAGUAAAUUGGAGUGAAAUAAUGACUCAAACAUAUGAGUUAGCUGAAGUAUGUGUGAAAACAAACUACUAUGGUGCCAAGAAAAUGACCAAAGCACUCCUUCCUCUCCUCCAGCUAUCUGAUUCACCAAGAGUUGUCAGUCUUUCUUCCGGCAUGGGAUCGUUAAAGCAUAUACCAAAUGAAUGGGCCAAAGGGAUGUUAAGUGAUGCUGAGAAACUUACAGAACAGAGAAUAGAUGAUGUUUUGAAUGAGUUUCUCAAAGACUUCAAAGAAGAUAUUCUAGAAACCAAAGGCUGGCCUACUUCCCUCUCUGCCUAUAUACUCUCAAAAGCAGCGGUGAACGCGUUCACUAGAAUGAUGGCCAACAAAUACCCAAACAUCUGCAUCAAUAGUGUAAACCCUGGAUUUGUCAAAACAGAUAUGAACUUCAAUACUGGCAUGUUAACCAUUGAUGAAGGUGCUGAGAGUGUUGUGAGGUUAGCUAUGGUUCCAAAUGGCAGCCCUUCUGGCCUCUAUUUCUAUUUACAAGUUUCACCCUUCUGAGCAUAAACCCUUUUCAAUUUCAUGAAAUAAUGAUCCUCUUC